UCUUUCAGUAUGUCCAAAGAAACAAGCCUAAAAUCGGUUGUCACGAUUGUCGACGAAAUAUUUCAGGCUUAUGAGAGAAUGAGAGAUAUAUGCAAAUUCGCGGCGUAUAAUCGACGAAUAUGUGAUGCUAUGAUACGUAGGGUUUAUUCUGUCGUGUUUAAAUUGCGAGAUAUGUUGAAAAUUCGAAUAAAUGAAGAUAAUAAAUUUUAUGAAAAUAUGAAAUUUUAUAUUCAAGAGAACCAUUUCACAACGUGGGAAUUUUAUAGUUAUGAUAAUUAUUUUACAAUGCAGCAACUUUUGAAUAAUAUUCAUGAUAUGGAAAAGUUUAUUGAUGAACUGUCACAUUUAAGAACCUAUUUUACGGGAAAAUCAAUUGAGACCACUUUUUAUGAAUUAACAAAAGCGUUUGAUAUGUAUGUAAAAGCCCUGAAUGUUAAGAUAGAUGUGGACGUUAAUUUUGAAUAUUUAUUAUUAACGAUGGAUAUUAAAAGUUUUGAAAAGCACUUCGAUCGAUUCAAGUUUGCAUUAUCAACUAUGUGA